CACAUCAUCAUACCUACAACACCUGUCAUUAUAACAUCAUCAUACCUUCAACACCUGUCAUUAUAUCUACAACAGGUAUUGGACUACCUGAUCACAGAAGUACAGAACGAGCAGGUAGAAGAUGACUACGCAGUGGAUGACUACGUGGUGGAUGACUACGUGGUGGAUGACUACGUGGUGGAUGACUAUGACGAAAACCACCAUGUAUUUGACCCAGUGGAGGACGAGCUGGUAGAGGACGAACUGGUGGAGGACGAGCCGGUGGAGAACGAACUACAUUCCGGGAGUGGACGUGACAUUGAGAGUGACGAUUAUGAUUAUGGCUGGACCGAGUACUUAGAGCAAGAAGGACACCAAGAACAAGAGGUUCAGCAGGGCAGGUGUGGGAGACGGAGUGUCAAGAGCCGCGACACCUGGAUGAAGAUCGUAGGAGGUCUGGAGGCGAGGCAGGGGGAGUGGCCGUGGCAAGUGGCUGUACUCAAUAGAUUCAAGGAGACCUUCUGUGGUGGGACCCUCAUAGCACCUCAGUGGGUCCUGACUGCGGCUCACUGUGUCCGUAAACGGCUCUAUGUGCGGUUGGGAGAACUUGACAUAACAGACUACACUCCUCAUGAGAUAGAGUUGAAGAUCAAAAAGUCCUACCAGAACCCCAACUAUGAUGCGGAAUUUUUAGAACACGACUUGGCACUCCUGAAGCUGCCACAGGAGGUGACAUUCAGCAGACACAUGAGAAGUGCCUGUCUACCGCAGAAGGGGUCAUUGCCUCCUGUAGGGAAUAAGUGUAUCGUAUCGGGCUGGGGCAAGGAGAGAGAGACUCACAUAUUCACCUCUGAUGUCCUCAACUAUGCCAGGAUACCCAUAGUGAGCAGAUCAACGUGCAGGAAAGCCUACCCUGAACACCCCAUCACCCGGAACCACAUAUGUGCCGGCUACAAGAGAGGUUCCACUGACACCUGCUCUGGUGACUCAGGAGGGCCGCUCAUUUGUGAGGACGAAGAAGGGAUAUGGUCAGUGCAUGGCGUCACCUCCUUCGGCGUGGGCUGUGGAGAUGAAGGCAGUUAUGGCGUCUACACUAAGGUGGUCAAUUACCUUCCUUGGAUCAAACAAACCAUCUCCCUCAAGUGACACGACUGAUGAAGAAGGACGGGUGAGAGUAGGGAGGGAGAGUUAGAUGUGAAAUAAGGGAGAGAGUGGUGAGAGUAGGGAGGGAGAGUUAGAUGUGAAAUAAGGGAGAGAGUGGUGAG